AUGGCUUCUUCUCCGCCGGCCUCACCAUCGCCAGCGCAUAAGCUUCAGCGUCCCCUGAGCGCGAUUGCUACUCGUCCUCAACCAAGGAGCAACAGUCGGUUGAGUAUGAACAGCAAGCAAGGCGGCGAGAGCAGAGCCUCGGACGAGGACAACCGGACAGCUGUCCGCGUCGCUGUCCGGGUACGACCGCAAUUGAGACCGGAAGAUCCUGGAUAUGACUUGAUUCCACAGCGCUUCCAGCGCCCCAUGGUGCACGUCACCUCCAACACGAGCCUGUCCAUCGAUUCUCCCCAGGGCCGCAAGCUCUUCGUUUUCGACCGUGUCUUUGGCCCAGAAGUUAACCAAAGUGGCAUCUGGGACUACCUGUCUGACAGCAUCAAUGCUUUUACGCAAGGAUACAAUGUAUCCCUCCUUGCCUAUGGCCAGUCUGGUGCUGGUAAAUCACAUACCAUGGGCACGUCGAGCCCCGACGCGAAUUCGGAUCCCGAAGAUAUGGGUGUCAUUCCCCGAGCGGCGUCCGCCCUUUUCGAGCAUCUAGAUGUACAGAAAGGCGGAUCAAGUAGUAAUGGCAGCACGAUGAAGAGCGCGAGUAGCUUCAGGUCGCCGCCCCGUGGAUAUGGACAACAGAAUAACCUGGGUGAUCGGAAUUGGGCGAUGACGGCCACGUACGUCGAAAUCUAUAACGAGACGCUCCGAGAUCUCUUGGUUGCAGACUCGACAGGGUUCAAUGACCGGACCUCAGUCGCGAUCCGCGAAGACGUAAAAGGCAACAUCAUUCUCACUGGCCUGCAUCAGGUCGACAUCACCUGCGUCGACGACAUUCUCAACGCCCUCGACUUUGGCUCGUCCAUUCGCCAAACCGAUGCUACUGCCAUCAACGCCAAAUCAUCCCGCUCCCACGCCGUUUUUUCGCUCAACCUGGUCCAGCGCAAGAGCAAGUACUCCAACGCCGAUAAGCGUCACUCGAUGCCUCUGGAGGCCAUGAGCGGCCAAGACAUCUCCGUAACCACCGAUAGCAAGCUGCACUUUGUCGAUUUGGCCGGUAGUGAGAGACUGAAGAACACGGGUGCCCAGGGCGAGCGUGCCAAGGAAGGAAUAUCUAUCAAUGCCGGACUGGCUGCGCUGGGGAAAGUCAUUAGUCAACUUUCGUCGCGAAACUCGGGCGCCCAUGUCUCAUAUCGCGAUUCCAAGCUCACUCGACUUCUCCAGGACUCGCUUGGUGGCAACGCCAUCACCUACAUGAUUGCCUGCGUCACUCCACCGGAAUUCCAUCUCAGCGAGACAUUAAACACCGUUCAGUAUGCUCAGCGAGCUCGCGCCAUUCAGUCGAAGCCUCGAAUUCAGCAGGUCGAAGAGGGAGACAAGAAUGCCAUUAUUGAGCGACUAAAGGCCGAAGUAGCGUUUUUGCGCGAACAAAUACGCAGCGCCAAUACUGGGCUUACCGAACAGCCGCGCAGUGCUAAUAGAUCCAGCGAGCGAUCGGAUAGACAGAAUGAACGGGACCUGGAGCUUCAGAAUCAGCUUCUGGAUGCACAAGAAAACUACAACACCCUGAGCCAACGCCAUGCUCACCUGAUUUCUGAAAUGGCCAAAGCCCAGGAGAGCGAAUCUGAGCACCAUCGCCAGCUUGACGAGCUCCAAGGAGAGAACGCAACAGAUCGACUGAACCGGUCCAACUCAUUUGCCAAGGCGGUUGAGCAAGUCGUGCUUGAGUAUGAAAAGACUAUCCAGACGCUCGAGCAAUCCCUGUCAAGCACCCGCACUACGCUGUCAAAUACGGAAACAAACCUGCUUGAGAAGGAGACUAAGUGUGCCUAUGUUGAGACGAUCAACUCUCAGCUGCAAUCACGCCUUCAAAAGCUCGCGGACCGCGAAUCCCACACUGCAAACUAUCUUCACGACCUGGAGACUAAGCUGGAUGGGCACACCAGCGGCGAGGAAAAGAAUGCUACGAUUAUCGUUGAACUCCGCAAGGAAAUUUCGCGUGUUCGCGAGAACGAAGCUGCGUCCGAGGAGUACAUUUCCACACUGGAAGAACGACUUGCUGAAGCAGAUCAAGAUGCCGAGCUCAUGCAGCGAGAAAUUGAACGGCUUGAGCAAGUCAUUGAGAGGCAGAGGAGCUUGGGCAAGUUGGAUGCUCUACUUCACGAGCUUGACCAUGUCGACGAGUCCAAAGUACGCGACUCUGAAGAUGAAACAAGCGAGGGCUCCAAAGCUCAGGAACACGACUCCGAUGCGACACCAACACUCGCGCCUGUUGUCGAAAACGAUGAAGAUGCCGUCAAGGCGGUCGAAGAGCAGUCUGGUGACGAUGUCGCCCAAAACCAGGUUACUGCACAGAACAAGUUUGUCUCCGAUAAGCUGGAAUUGGUGACUCGUGAACUAUUUGACCUCCAAACUGAGCACGAGAAUACCGUCAACGACUACGGUAGGCUGCAUGCCAAGUAUGAAGAGGCCAAGAAGAAGUUAUCAGAGCUUCAGGACGCCAUUGACGAGGCUCGCUACCCCAGCCAGGCACGCCAUUCCAUCAUGUCUGUCGAUGCUGCCACCGAGACUCGCCCCGAAUCGUUCCAGUCUGCGACGACAAGCGACGCAAAGGAUGACGUACGAUCGUCGGUCCCUCGAUCUCUGUCGUCUGAACUCUCUUCUGUCAUUGACUCGCCCAUCACAGCGGAUACUACCCACAUGGAUCUCGAAUCUGACGACGACACUGCUACCGCCAAGCCCGCCACAUCUGUUGAGGAUCUUACACAGGAACUUGUCGAGCAUAUUGGGCUGCGUGAGCAGAACGAGCCAAAGAAGAAGCCUGAGCACGUGGAGCACAUUGAGCUAGCUGAACCCAUUCAUCAGCAUCAAGUUGAGCAUCACGAUGUUGAACACGUUGAGCAGCGUGAAGUUGAGCAGCAAGAAAUCGAGCAGCAAGAGAUUGAGCAGCACGCUGAGUCAGACGAUUUCGAGCUUGUUGAACCAGUUGAGCAAGCCAAGUCUGAACAGAACGAGCACAGCGAGCAGAAUGAGCGUCUUAUUGCGGAGCUUGAGAGACUUAGGGUCUUGGCCGAAGAGAAAGAAGCUGCCGAACUGGAACUGGCUAUGAAAUACGCCCAACUCGAGAUGAAGCACCACGAAACGCUUGACAUGGUUGAAGAGCUCAAGACAGAAGUCACAAAAGCUAGAACUGUCGAAGCCGGUCCUCGCGUAAUCCGCCGCAAGUCGAGCCAAAACCUUCUAGGCGUGGAUCGCGCUCAGCGAUCGUUUGUCUCCCUAAGGAAUCUUGCAGCCGAAAACUUUGAAGGGAAGCCCGAGACCAUGCAGUCAUUCGAACUAAGUCUCAACUCGGCCAUCCAUGAACUCCAGUCUCGUAGCGAGCGGAUCCAGGAGCUCGAAUCAGACGUGGCAUCAGCUAAGAAGGAGAUGGAGAGCAAAAUGGCCAUCAUCUCAGGCUUGGCGCGUGAACGCUCCAGCUUGAAGGUCUCUCCUGUGGAUAUGUCAAUGGUUGCUACUCUACGUGGUCAACUUGAGCAGAGCGAGAGGCAGCUGUCCGACCUGCGUUCGGCGCACGCUGCCCGCGAGCGCGAUCUCACAAGCGAGGUCGAGAUCCUCCGCAAAUCUGUGGCAUCCACUCCCACCAGAGAGUUCACGCCAAGCGACGAAGAAGAGACUGAUAUUCCUUACAACGAACGGGUUUCUACGCUACAGGCGGAGCUGGCUGGAUGGGAAAGCAAGCAUCACUCUGCCUUGGUGUCCAUGCGAAGCACAGAGAGGGAGAUGCAAGCGACUAUUCAGCAGUUGGAGGCUCAAGUUGAGGCUGCCAACCUUCAGCUGGCGGAGUCAGAAUCUCUUGUUGCAGCUGGAAGAGAUGCCGAGGAAGCCAAGAAGGAGGUUCGCAAGCAGCAAGGGCUCAUUGAGUUCCUACGCGGAGAGAUUGACGAGUACAAGGCCGUCAUCACCAGUAACGCUACCAAGGUGACUGAGCUCGAGGCUCUCCAUCGAUCUGCUCGGGCUGCAAUGGAUGACAUGUCCAAGAUGCACAGCGAGGUCACUGCGGAGACGACUGCUCGGCACCAAGAACUGUCUCAUAAGUUGGAACAGUUGAUUGCUAGCCACGAGGAUGCUACAAAGGCACACCAAGAAGAAAUGGAGGCUCUAAAACAGAAUCACGCUCAAGAGCUAGCCGAGCUCAAGCACAACGAGCAGACAGGCUACGAGAAGCAGAUGGAGGUGCUUUUGACUGAGCAUUCCGAAGCUAUUCUCAAACUAGAGGACGAUCUCGCUCAGUCGAGAGACGAGUUGACAAACGUUGCUACCCAGAUCGCUGCCGUCUUUGGUGCAGAGUUGCCCUUGGAAAAGCUAGGUGAGCGGAUUAGGGCUCUCAUCGCUGACCAGAAGAAGAUUGGAGAUCUUACGAACCAUGUGACGGAGCUUUCCAACAUCAACGAUUCCCUUGUUCGAGACCUCGAGGGUGUCAAGACUAUCAUUGCGGGCAUGCUCCCUGGUAACGCAAACGCCACGUCCGGUCCCCUGACGGAUCAGCUCGCCGCAGUCAAGGCCAAGGUGGAAGAUCUUGAUGGCCGCAACAAGAAGAACUCUCGCCUCAUCGAGGAACUCGAGGAACAGCUGCAGCACAACUUUGACGAGGUUCAAGUAACCAACAACCGCUUGAGCUCAUUACAGUCUGAGCGUAAUGCUCAGCUCGACGAGGCGUUGACUUCAAGACUGAAGCUCCAGUCUGAGCUGGAAACAGUUCGCGAGGAAUAUGCUACUCUCCAGAUGAAGUACAACGAAAUCAUCAAGGGAGAUGUCCAGCGAUCCAACUCCAAUUCGACAAUCCGCAAGAGUUCUUCGCACAACUCUCUCCCAUCGCCCCCUCCUUCCGUUCCCCUGCCGCCUCUACCCAAUGGUGCCCCCGCAAACGGAGUGCCCAGCUCUCCCACAUCAGCACGCCCACCCAGCAACAAUUUCAAUAUUUCCCAAGUUACUGAGGAUCAAGAGGCUCGCAUCAGAUCCAUCGAGAAGCAUCUUACUGCUGAGCGUAAAAUGACGGAGACGUUGGAGCAGGCUCUUGGUGAUUUGGAACUGCAGUCCAAGAAGGUCAAGGCGGACUGCGACGCCUGGAAGAAGCGCGCUCAAGAGCUCGAGGCUGAGCUGAAGGAAGUGAAGGAGCGACAAGUCGACCAGUCACAGGACAACCGCUUCAGCAUGCAAGCAGUCGAAGAGGAGCGGAAGAAGAGACAGGCGGCCGAGGCUGCUCGAAGGCAGCUGGAAGAGAGAAUGCAGGCCAUCAACAAGGGCAAGAAGAAGAAGGGCAGCCUGAAUUGCUUCUAA